GAGCCUGGGCGGCGCAGGAUGGGGGACUCCAAAGUGAAAGUGGCCGUGCGGGUCCGGCCCAUGAACCGCCGAGAAAUUGACUUGCAUACCAAAUGUGUGGUGGAUGUUGAUGCAAACAAGGUUAUUCUUAAUCCUGUAAAUACUAAUCUUUCCAAAGGAGAUGCCCGGGGCCAGCCAAAGGUGUUUGCUUAUGAUCAUUGUUUCUGGUCUAUGGAUGAGUCUGUCAGAGAAAAGUAUGCAGGUCAGGAUGAUGUUUUCAAGUGCCUUGGGGAAAAUAUCCUUCAGAAUGCUUUUGAUGGCUACAACGCAUGUAUCUUUGCCUAUGGACAGACUGGGUCUGGAAAAUCUUAUACCAUGAUGGGCACAGCUGACCAACCUGGAUUAAUCCCAAGACUUUGCAGUGGACUCUUUGAACGAACUCAGAAAGAGGAAAAUGAAGAGCAGAGUUUUAAAGUUGAAGUGUCCUACAUGGAAAUUUAUAAUGAAAAAGUUCGAGACCUUCUUGAUCCCAAAGGAAGCCGUCAAACGUUGAAAGUCAGAGAGCAUAGUGUGUUGGGACCCUAUGUUGAUGGACUUUCCAAACUGGCUGUCACAAGCUACAAGGACAUUGAGUCUCUGAUGUCCGAGGGGAACAAGUCACGCACAGUCGCUGCCACCAACAUGAAUGAGGAGAGCAGCCGAUCCCACGCGGUCUUCAAAAUCACCCUCACGCACACUCUCUGUGACACGAAGUCUGGGACAUCUGGAGAGAAAGUGGGCAAGCUGAGCCUAGUUGACUUAGCUGGCAGCGAACGCGCCACCAAAACCGGUGCUGCCGGCGACAGGCUGAAGGAAGGAAGCAACAUCAACAAGUCCCUCACAACCCUUGGUCUGGUUAUCUCAGCCCUAGCAGAUCAGGGUGCUGGCAAAAACAAGAAUAAAUUUGUUCCAUAUCGUGACUCAGUUCUCACUUGGCUGCUCAAAGACAGUCUGGGGGGUAACAGCAAGACAGCGAUGGUGGCCACUGUGAGCCCAGCCGCCGAUAACUACGACGAGACCCUGUCGACGCUGAGGUACGCGGACCGAGCCAAGCACAUCGUCAACCAUGCUGUGGUCAACGAGGACCCCAACGCCCGGAUCAUCCGGGACCUCCGGGAAGAAGUCGAGAAGCUCCGAGAGCAGCUAACCAGAGCGGAGGCAAUGAAAUCUCCAGAGCUGAAAGACCGGCUGGAAGAAUCUGAGAAGUUAAUCCAGGAAAUGACUGUGACCUGGGAGGAGAAAUUAAGGAAAACUGAAGAGAUCGCACAGGAGCGACAGAAACAGCUUGAGAGUCUUGGAAUAUCUCUUCAGUCUUCGGGAAUCAAAGUUGGGGAUGAUAAAUGUUUCCUUGUUAAUCUGAAUGCUGAUCCUGCGCUGAAUGAACUACUGGUGUACUAUUUAAAGGAACAUACAUUGAUAGGGUCAGCAAAUUCCCAAGAUAUCCAACUAUGUGGAAUGGGAAUUCUUCCUGAACACUGUAUUAUAGACAUCACAUCAGAAGGCCAGGUCAUGCUGACUCCUCAAAAGAAUACCAGAACAUUUGUGAAUGGGUCUUCUGUCUCCAGUCCAAUACAACUACACCAUGGGGACAGGAUAUUAUGGGGAAACAACCAUUUCUUCAGACUCAACUUGCCUAAAAAGAAAAAGAAAGUAGAACAAGAAGAUGAGGGACAAGACCCCUCCAUAAAGAAUGACAGCAGUUCUGAGCAGCUGGAUGUGGACGGAGACUCCUCCAGUGAGGUGUCCAGUGAAGUCAACUUCAAUUACGAGUACGCGCAGAUGGAGGUGACCAUGAAGGCCCUGGGCAGUAACGAUCCUAUGCAGUCGAUACUGAACAGCCUGGAACAGCAGCACGAAGAAGAAAAGCGGUCUGCUCUGGAGCGCCAGAGGCUCAUGUACGAGCACGAGCUGGAGCAGCUCCGGAGACGGCUGUCCCCCGAGAAGCAGAGCUGUCGCAGCUCGGACAGGUUUUCCCUGCACUCGCCCAGCGCACAGCAACGCCUGAGGCAGUGGGCGGAGGAGAGAGAAGCAACAUUGAGUAACAGCCUCCUGAGGCUGAGGGAACAAAUUGUCAAGGCCAAUCUGUUGGUGAGGGAGGCUAGCUACAUCUCAGAGGAGCUGGACAAGAGGACAGAGUACAGAGUCACCCUCCAGAUCCCUGCCUCCAGCCUGGAUGCCAACAGGAAGCGAGGCUCUCUCCUUAGUGAACCUGCAAUCCAGGUGAGGAGAAAAGGAAAGGGAAAGCAGAUUUGGUCUUUGGAAAAGCUGGACAACAGGUUGUUGGAUAUGAGAGACCUUUACCAGGAGUGGAAGGAGUGUGAAGAAGAUAGCCCGGUAACACGAUCUUAUUUCAAGCGUGCGGAUCCAUUCUAUGAUGAGCAGGAAAACCACAGUCUCAUUGGGGUGGCCAAUGUCUUCCUUGAGUCCCUUUUCUACGACGUGAAGUUACAAUAUGCUGUCCCGAUCGUCAACCAGAAAGGAGAGGUGGCAGGUCGGCUGCAUGUGGAGGUGAUGCGGAUCAGUGGCGAAAUCGGGGACAGGAUUGCAGGAGGCGAUGACGCUGCUGACAUCUCCUUUGAGAAGGAGGCCCUGGAGUCCAAGCUGGUCUGCAUGGUUAAAAUACUCCAGGCCACUGGGUUGCCACAACAUCUGUGCCAUUUUGUAUUCUGCAAAUACAGCUUCUGGGAUCAGCAGGAGCCUGUGAUCGUUGCACCUGAGGUGGACACGUCCUCCUCUCCCGUCAGCAAGGAGCCCCAGUGCAUGGUGGUCUUCGAUCACUGCAGUGAGUUUUCUGUUAACAUUACUGAAGACUUUAUUGAGCAUCUUUCAGAAGGGGCAUUGGCCAUUGAAGUAUACGGACAUAAAAUGAACGAUCCUCGGAAAAACCCAGCUCUGUGGGAUUUGGGAAUCAUCCAAGCAAAAACACGUAGUCUUCGGGACAGGUGGAGUGAAGUCACCAGGAAACUGGAGUUCUGGGUUCAAAUCUUGGAACAGAAUGAGAAUGGCGAAUACUGUCCUGUCGAAGUGAUUUCUGCCAAGGACGUCCCAACAGGAGGCAUCUUCCAGCUCCGACAGGGGCAAUCACGGCGAGUUCGAGUUGAAGUGAAGUCUGUGCAGGAAUCUGGGACUUUACCACUGAUGGAAGAAUGUAUAUUGUCUGUUGGCAUCGGAUGUGUAAAAGUUAGACCACUCAGAUCUCCCAAAACUCAUGAGACCUUCCAUGAGGACGAGGAGGACAUGGACAGUUACCAGGACCGGGAUUUGGAGAGACUGCGCAGAAAAUGGCUCAAUGCAUUAACAAAACGCCAGGAGUACUUGGAUCAGCAGCUGCAGAAGCUCGUCAGUAAGCAUGAUAAAACAGAGGAUGAUGCUGACCGCGAAGCACAGCUUCUGGAGAUGCGGCUGACCCUGACUGAGGAGAGGAAUGCGGUGAUGGUCCCCUCGGCUGGCAGUGGCAUUCCGGGGGCCCCAGCAGAGUGGACCCCAGUGCCUGGGAUGGAAACCCACAUUCCUGUUAUAUUCCUUGACUUAAAUGCCGAUGAUUUCAGCUCUCAGGAUAAUCUUGAUUACCCGGAGGCGGGCGGAUGGGACGCCACCCUGACCGGGGAGGAGGAGGAAGAGUUCUUUGAGCUACAGAUUGUGAAGCAGCACGAUGGAGAGGCCAAGGCGGAAGCCUCCUGGGACUCAGCCGUGCACAGCUGCCCACAGCUCAGCAGAGGCUCGCCCGCCGACGAGCGCGUAUUCCUCAUCGUGCGUGUCACCGUCCAGCUCAGCCACCCGGCCGACAUGCAGCUGGUAUUGCGCAAGAGAAUCUGCAUCCACGUUCACGGCCGGCAGGGUUUUGCUCAGAGUCUCCUAAAAAAGAUGUCUCAUCGAAGUUCUAUUCCUGGCUGUGGAGUGACUUUUGAAAUUGUCUCCAAUAUUCCAGAGGAUGCCCAGGGGGUAGAGGAGCGAGAGGCAUUAGCGAGAGUGGCAGCCAAUGUUGAAAACCCGGCGUCGGCCGACUCCGAGGCACACCUGGAGAAGUACCUGCGCAGCGUGCUGGCCGUGGAGAACCUGCUGACGUUAGACCGCCUCCGCCAGGAAGUCGCGGUGAAGGAGCAGCUGACAGGCAGAGGGAAGCUGCACAGGAGGAGCGUCAGCUCUCCCAAUGUGCACAGGUUGUCUGGAAGCCGACAAGAUCUCAUUCCAUCGAGCAGUCUAGGCAGCAACAAGGGCCGGUGGGAGAGCCAACAGGAUGUAUCGCAAACCACAGUGUCCAGAGGAAUAGCUUCAGUCCCCCCAGCCCUCUCUGUUUGUCCCCAAAACAACUAUUCUCCGGAUCCAGGACUUAGUAGCUUAGCAACCUCCUACUUGAAUCCUGUAAAAUCCUUUGUGCCGCAGAUGCCAAAGCUCCUGAAAUCUCUUUUUCCUGUCCGCGAUGAGAAGAGAGGCAAACAGCCAUCCCCCCUUGCACAUCAGGCCCAGCGAGAGGGCGUGGGCCCUGGCCCUGCUAUGCUGGUGCGCCCGAUGGCCCCCACCAUCAAGAUCUGCGACCCCCCAGCCAAGGCGCCUUCCCCACCGCCCAUCGUCGCUGUCACCCCAGCCCCAGAAGGGCAGGACGGGCCCCCUAGCCCGCUGAGUGAAGCCUCCAGUGGGUACUUUUCCCACAGCGUCUCCACUGCGACCCUGUCUGAUGCGCUGGUCCCCAGCCUGGAUGCCAUGGCCCCGGCUGGCAGCCAGAAUCCUGGCUCACCCCCUGCACCCCUCUGCCAGGCUGCCCUGGAGGCCGAGUCCUUGUUUCCACCUGUGGCUUCCUGUGCCCAGCUGCAGGGUCCCAGCAGCCACCUGUCACCACCAGUCCCCACAGAGCCAGCUGCUCAGCCUCCCAUGCCUGCCCCCCAGGAGGAGGCCCUCAUCCAGCAUCCCAGGGGUGAAUCUCUCCUGGUCCCCAGGCAGCUGGGAAGACCCCUGGCCCAGGCAAAUACAGGCCCCAGCUCAGAUAUGCCCCCGGACCUCCAGUGCCAGGCACCUGCUCCCACCUCCCCGUUCAGGAUCCGCAAGGUGCGGACGUCAGAGCUGAAGUCAUUCACCCGCAUGCUGGGCGGGGGCUCUGGCUGCUCCCCUGGUUCCCAGGGCGAGCUGCUGGCCUCAGGAGGGCUGGGUGACGGUGGCAAUGGGGGACAGGUCCAGGGCAAGCCAGAGGACGCCUCUGAUCCCGAGGAAGCUGGCAACAUCCCAGAAUGGCUCAAAGAGGGAGAGUAUGUGGCCGUGGGCACCAACAAGACGGGCACUGUGAGGUACAUCGGGCCGAUCGACUUCCAGGAGGGCAUGUGGAUCGGCGUGGAACUUGACUUACCCGCAGGCAAGCAUGACGGCUCGAUCGGAGGCAAGCAGUACUUCAAGUGCAGCCCCGGCCACGGGCUGCUGGUGAGGCCCGACCGCGUCCGCAGGGCCCCGGGGCGGCGGCGCAGCACAGGGCUGCGACCCGAGGCCCGCCGCAGCGCCACCCUCUCGGGCUCCGCCACCAACCUGGCCUCACUGACGGCCACCCUGGCCAAAGCCGACAGGAGCCACAAGAACCCCGAGAACCGGAAAUCCUGGGCCAGCUGAGCCGCCAGACAGUGACCACCGAGAGGAGCUGGGCCCCUGCAGGACAGCCUGGGCAGCUGGGAACAAGGCCUUUGCAUGGCACUGGACUGGUGACCUACCUGGAGGAGGAGGGGGAGGUGGCAGCACCUGAGCCUGCGGGCAUGGGCAGCUCCAGGAGCUGGAGGGAAUGUUUGUUGCUGGUGUCUUUUCCUCUGUUCUGGGCCCCCCUUCAUGUCUGAAUCUAAACAGCGAUCCUCACUGUGCCUUUCCUUGCCCCCGCAGGGCUCCCCUCAGCCUGGAGGCCCAAUGCCCCCUGCCCUCGCCCCUUGAGCUGCCUCCUGGGCUAGGCUUUGCUGUGUGCAGGCACGCCUGGCCCCCCUCACCCGCUGCUCUCCACGAGGUUUCUUAGCGGUUCCUGUGUGGGCGUUUUAGCAUCUCUGCACCUGGAAAGUCUUCUGUUUGCCAUAUAUUCCCUUAGCAGAAUGCUAGGGAUAUAUUUAUUUAUAUUUAUUUUUUAAAAUCCCAAAUCAUUCGUGAGCACAAUCGUCGUCUGCCUGGCUCUUGCCUUGCUCAUUGCAGGCCUCUCCCGCCCUGGGGUGGGGGCAGCCAGGGGAGGAGGCCCCUCCGUGGUUCCUUUAUUGCAGACCACAAGUGGCCUUACGCUACCAAAGAUGGCAGCAGAGACCAGGGGGUGACAUCAUUGUGCUCGUGGAGUCAGAGACAAAGCCAGGACAUUACCUCUUCUGGGGUGCAAUUUUGGUUUCUGGGAGGCCCUUCUGACCAUUUUUUCUUGGCAGUUCCUAAGCCCCAGCGCUGCUGGACAGCUGAGCAACCCGGGGUCUUCCCCACCUGCGCUGGGCACCUCUGGUGGUGGAGCCCCUGGGGCCAGCACUGGGGUGGGGCAGGGGGGCAGGCAGAGAACACAGCCUGAUGCUCCCAGGCCCCGCUGCCCCACAGCUCUGGGCACAAGCCCGGGGUCAGCACUUGCACGGGGCUUGCUGGGCAGCCUGUGUUUAGUUCUUGCAUUUCAACUUUUAAGAACAUCUAGAAAGCUUUUGUGGAGAAUCUCUGGAUCUCUGGGGAUUUGAAGCCCCUCACGAGAAGUAGCACUGGGCUCGCUGUCCCGAGAUGGGACCACCUCUUCACUGGCUCCUCAGGAUCCCACGGCCACCUCCCGGCCACUUGCGGCCUCUUCCUCCCAGCAAGCAGAUAGCACCCGGAGGCUGGAGAAGCUCUUGGGUUGAUCAGUUUACCGAGUGCGCUCUCAGGACCACUGGCUCAUCCAGCACCCGUGAAAGGUGGUCCUGGGCAGCCAUGAGGACGGGGCCGUCACCCUGGAGGGGCUCUCAACCAUCGGCGUCCUCCCUCUGCCCGCACAGCACCCCUGUGGCAGGCAGGUGUCUUUCUGUUUUUCCCGGCAGCAGCGGCCGGACACGGGGGGUGUGGGCUGCUAGGUGUUCUGCAGGGAGCAGCCCGCUUCGUCCUGCCCUGGGACAGCCAGCUGUGUGGGCAGCCCCGCAUGGUGUUCCUUCCUGUCUUCAGCUGGUGGUUUGGGAGGCACCUGCCGGCCCGUGUCACUGAAUGAAGUGCUGCCUGUGCUGCUCUGCUUUGUCACUUAACCUCCUUCCCUGCACAGAAGUUUUUUCUCUGUGUCUCCUGUCAUCAGUGUGGCCUGUUGGUGUGGGGACCAGCGCCAUCUGUUCCUCUGCAUGUUGGUGACCUGCCUCCAGUGAGCAGGCUGUACGGAGGUGAGGUGCUCGGGAAGCGCGGGCUCUGGGGUGUCUGUGACUCUGUGCACCUGGCGAUGCACUUGCUGGAGCCCAUCCACCCAGUCACAGGAUGUCAGCAGCCUUCCACGGGAUCGUCUCAGGAAAAUCCACUGGGGCUGUGGCUGCUGCUCUCUUGUUACCCUUUGGUUUGAUUCAGCAUGGAUGGAAUAUACCGGAGCUAUGACCAGAACAGAUCUUGUUUGCAGGAGCUCGCAGGAGCGGUGCAGGAGUCUCGAUCACCUCUCUCAAGUCCGCCUGCACCUGUCUCCAGGCUGCACUGCUCAGGCAGCCUCGCUGCUCAGCUCUGCUCGAGGCGAGCCCUGGACCUCGUGCCAGAGCUGAAGAUGGCAGUGGCUGUGCUCCUGGCUCCAGCUGUGCCUGCAGGGCGAGGCAUUGGCGUGAUGUGUGAGAGGCACUUGGUGGCGUGUUAGAAGUUGGUCCUGGUAGUGUUCUUGGGGAGCGGCUCCUGCAGCUGAUGAGGACCCGCUCUGGACCAUGAGAGGCUGGACCAUAUGCUCCGGUGUCCCCAUCCGCUCUGACCCACGAGGGGGAUGAGGCAGCCUCUGGCAGAACAGCGUGGUAGGCCAUGUGUUCUUCCUGCAUGCCGACCUGCAUGUCCCUGUGGGCUGGCGAGAGGCUGCUCACAGCGGCACUGUCACCGUCCACUGCCUUUCUGGGCCACGCAGGUCUACUCCAGUCUCCUCUCUCCUCGAUAACCAGUAGUGGGUGUUAGAAUGGGGCCUGCUCCGUCUCACCUUUGUAGCUCUUGGUGCAGACCAGCAACUUGUGGCUGGCAAAGCAGUGGCAUUCAGCAGACGUGGUUGCUGAGCUACCAAGCCCUGCCGGUGCCACGGCUGCACAGCAACUGAGCAGCAGGUGCAGUCUCGGGAGCAAAGUGGGAGGUUUGUUUCCUCAGUCUCUCUUGUCCCGUUCUAAUAAUCAGACCUAAUUCAAAUAAAAUGUCAGCAUUAGCACUCUCCGCACCGUUCCGAGGGCUCCAGGCUCUGGGAUCUGGUAGGCAGCUCGGACACGGGACCAGAGAUGUCAUCAGUGCGAGUCAGGACAUGCAGACCCUACAGAAACAGGGCAGGGACACUGUGCACACCCAGGGCCAUUGCCUCCCACCCCGCAACCUCCCACAUGGUCCUCAGGCCCUUGUUAAGACAGAGGCUACUGGGGGGAAAGGCCCAUUUCUACCCUUGGAACUGUGUUGGGCAGUGGAGGGGCAGAUGGCAGAAGUGUAACCAGGGUCCCGGGUGCCCAGGCCUGACCAGGGGAGCAGGAGGGCACAGAUGAGGAGCGAGUGGUAUUUCUGGGCCCACCAAGUAGGGCCUGUGUGUGUUCAAUGGGAGAACCGACUGUGAACGUGACCACUGCAGUCUGAGAGGCUUUGAAGGUGUUUAGAUCCCCCAUUUCUUCCAGGUGUUUUCUCCUCUUGGCUUAAAGUUCCCUGUAUGUGAAACAGACAAGGAGUUCGUGGCUCUUUAUUUUCCUUGCCAAGAUUCUCCUUGCUUGCCCGAAGACUGCCUGUGUGCACGUGUGUGCAAAGUGUCAGAUCCUCACGGUGUGGUAGGCUCCAGGGCUGCCCCAGAGGGGAAGUCCCCAUGUGUAGUGCCUUACCUCCGGGGACACGGACGUGUUUGUGCCCCAAAGCAUCUCUCAAGUCCAUGGUGCCUUCAUGGUGGGCUGCUGGCACUCACGGUGUUGGAGUCUGGGAACAUCUUCUCUGUGUGUGGAUUUUUGUAAAUAGGAUGGGUCCACAUAUAAAGAGUGGCUUUGAUUCGGGGAUUAUAUUGAUUUGGGUUUAUAUUGAUUUGGUAACAUUAAAUGGGAGUUAAAAAAAAAUCCAAAGGCUCUGUAAUGAAUUGUAAAGACUUUAAUGAUUUGUGCUAUAUAAUGAACUAAAACCACUGUAAUUUUGUACCAUAUGUGCCUUUCCAUCAAAUGACCAACAGCUUCUCAAUAAAG